ACCAUUUGCCUAUAUUCUGAGGAGGAAAUAAAGAAGAAAAAGAAAAUCACUCAACUUUAUCAAAAUGAAAAAUAAGACAUACAGUGAAUCUGAUUCAGAAAAUGAAGUUGUGGGUUACACCAUCAUACCCAAACUGGACCUUGAGGUCCCUAGACUUGAGAUCCCUGACUCAGUACAGCAAAUCAUAUCUAAGAUUGAGCAAGCACAGCUCUUUCGAGCCAAAGAGGAAAUUAAUUCGCAGCUGAAUGACAUAUUGCAAAGUGUGCAACGGGUAAUUCAUCGCUACACUUUUGAUGAGUCCAUGCAGGCUGGAAAGAAAAUCUCUCUUGCAGAAUAUAAGAAACGGAGACUAAAUGUGCUGGAGAAAAUAGCUUAUUGUGCUAAUUCUGCUGACAUUAAAGAAAAGACUCUCAUCCACAUCCUGGCAUGGUUGGAAGAAUGGAAUGCCAUCUUGUCUGAUAUGACUGCAAUUGAUAUUGAUGAACACCACCACUGCGUAGCACAAAUGGAGAUUUUACCAGAAACGUUCAAAGCUAUUGAGGGCAAUGUCAGGACGUUGAGUGGAAUUAGUGCCUCUUUGAUCGAAUACAAGAAGAAAGAAGAGGAAAAAAAAACAUCUAGAAGAACUCUAUGGAAAUCUUGGAAAGAAAGAGUUUUAAAGCGACCUGCAACAGCCCAUGCUUUAACAGCAUAUCAGAUGAUCGGUGAUGAAUUUGCAACAAAUACAAAGGUUUCAGAAAUCCAAGGCAUGCUACAGGAACUCAUAGAUACUACAAUGUUCAAUAAAUUGGAAAACAAUGCUAUUAACUAUAUAGCAUCAACAAUAGCAAACCUUUCUAAAGCGUUGACUUCACUAAAUAAUGAAGUAAAAGUUAUUAACCUCCAUCCUGAUAUGUAUAUAAGUGAGGCAAGUGAAAAAGAGAUCUCCCUGCAGGUAAUACAAGAGCUCAGUGAAGAAAAUGAAAUGCUUCAGCAGAAACUUCAAUAUGCAGAAGAAAAAUGUGAGCAGCUUAUUAAAUUCAGAGCAUCGCCCACAUCAACCUUGAAAGUGUUACCUGAGUUUUCUCCACAAUCAUCCAUGGGCUUUAGCCUGACUGAUGAAGAAGAGAGUGUGGACAAUAUUUUGACCAAAGAAUAUGAAAAUAGUAUGGGGAGGGCCCAAAGUAAGGGGACCCAAGGCUCCGUGUUCAAGUGGGACUCAGCAAUUUCACAUGCAGCCCAAGUUGAAAUGACUGUAGAUUUAAUUGAACAGCAAUCCCCUUUACCUGAAAAGCCCCCAAAAAUACCUUCCAAAGAUAUCACUGAAGAUAAGAUAUCACUGAAGAAAGGUGACAUCUAUCAGAAAGGUUGGACUGAUGAGUAUCAAUCACAGAAAAGGAAGAUCACAAAAGGCCCAUAUGAGCUUGAGACCUCUAGAUCAAAUCUGACUAAUCAGACAAGUAAACAAAUAGUCUCGGAGACCAAAGUGGAUGACUUAGAGCUACAAGCAGAGCAAAAGACGAGCCAAGAAAUGCAACCCCUUUCUAUAGACAAGUCAAAGUCAUUCAUUGAAUCAAAAAGUCAACGUGUUCUUUCAAAUUUCCCUUCUACUGACAGGAAGAGCCAAGGUGGCAAAAGUGGAACUAGUAAGUGGGAACGACUCAGGAAGCACAAACCUGCGUAUAUAAUUGAGAAAAGCCAAGUUACUUCAGGGCGUAAAAAGAAAUCCACCACUGAGUUAAUGGACAAAGAGAGCAAACAUCGUAUGAGUUUCCAAGCAGAGUCAUCUGGGUCAAUCCAACUUGAUAAAUCCUCCGAGAAAGUAAAAAUAAAAGGAAAGGAACAUCAAAUCUCUUCAGAAAUUACCACAAGCAAAGAAGGAAAACCUGAAGAGAAGGAUACGUCAGUCUCUACCAAGAAGGUCAAGUCUCAUGAACUUGCUAAAUCACAAUCUAAGAUAAUUAAAGAGACUUCAGAAUCUACUACAGCUCUAGGAAGUCCAGAUGGCAAAAGUGAACAGGAUAAUCUAGAUGAAUUUCAUAAUGCCAUAAUGUCUUUCUUAAAAGAGAAAAUUGAUAACACGGGAACUCCUUUGGAUAAAAAGACUGUGCCAGAAGAAGAGUUAUUAUUAAAAAAAGCAGAAGUUGAAAAAUUAGGAAUCAUAAAGGCAAAAAUGGAAGAAUACUUCCAAAAUGUGGCUGGAGCUGUGGCAAAAAUCUUGAGAAAAUACAAAGACAUUAAAAAAGCAGGACAAAUGAGAGAGAAACAAGUGAAACAAAAAAGAGUCUCAUUUAUGCCAGGGCUAGAUUUACAGAGGCCAGUUAGUGCAAAGUCUGAAAUUAGCUCCUUACUCUCAUCUGAGAGCAUGGACCCAGUAAUACAAAAUUUAACACAAGAGAUCUUGACUGAAAUAGAAAAGGAAAUAGAUGCUCCAGUAGUCGCAAUAGCAGGGAAAGACCACAAGGAGAAGGAAAAACAGAGGCAGGAGGAAUAUUUGCAAGAGGUUCAAGGAGAAAGUUUUGAUAUGAAUCUUAAACACCAGCAGUUGGAAGAAGAAAGGAAUCUCUGGAAGAUGAGCUAUGAGAGGAUAAGUAAGGAUUUGGAAAAGAAAAAUACAUGGCUCCAGAUGAAGGAGGGAAAGCAAGAGGAACAGAAGCAGAAUCAAUGGCAGGAAGAAGUGUGGAAGUUCCUUCAAAAACAGAGGAUGCAAAAGCAGACUGAGCAAGAUGAGAAGCAAAAGGGAAUGGGAGAGGAAGAACAGCAGAAGCAAAAGCAGCAGCACCUGGAAGCAUGGAGGCAAAAAGUGAAAGAGAAAAGAGUGUCCUGGGAGAAGCAGAUGGAGCAGAUUCAGAAGGAAGUGAAACAUAUGGAGCUGGAAAGCAGCUGGAAGGAAGAAGAAGAGAAGCAGAAGCAAAAGAGAAAGGGGGAGGACGAUGAAAGUCAGUGGCAUAAAAAAGCAAAGGAGCAGACGAAGACUAAGGAGGAAAAACCUGAACUAGAAAAUAUGUUAAGUCACGCUUCAAUAACAUUGUCUCCCAGGUGGAAGAACACAUGGAAAGAUGCAUUCCAGUUACACAAAAGAAAAGAGUUCCAUAUGAAUUUUGCUGAUGAAAAGCACUCUGAACCAGUCAUUCCUCCCACCUCGACACAGUUUUCCUCACCUGGGCCCUUGCCUAUUCCUGGACAGUCUCCUACAAAGUGCAUCACUCUCACCCCUCAGCAGGCCCAGGCCCAGGGCAUCACUCUCUCUCCUGAGCAGGCCCAGGCCCAGGGCAUCACUCUCUCUCCUGAGCAGGCCCAGGCACUGGGCAUCACUCUCACCCCUCAGCAGGCCCAGGCCCAGGCACUGGGCAUCACUCUCUCUCCUGAGCAGGCCCAGGCACUGGGCAUCACUCUCACCCCUCAGCAGGCCCAGGCACUGGGCAUCACUCUCUCCCCUCAGCAGGCCCAGGCACUGGGCAUCACUCUCACCCCUCAGCAGGCCCAGGCCCAGGCACUGGGCAUCACUCUCACCCCUCAGCAGGCCCAGGCCCAGGCACUGGGCAUCACUCUCACCCCUCAGCAGGCCCAGGCCCAGGGCAUCACUCUCUCUCCUGAGCAGGCCCAGGCACUGGGCAUCACUCUCACCCCUCAGCAGGCCCAGGCCCAGGCACUGGGCAUCACUCUCACCCCUCAGCAGGCCCAGGCCCAGGGCAUCACUCUCUCUCCUGAGCAGGCCCAGGCACUGGGCAUCACUCUCACCCCUCAGCAGGCCCAGGCCCAGGGCAUCACUCUCUCCCCUGCACAGGCCCAGGCACUAGGCAUCACUCUCACCCCUCAGCAGGCCCAGGCCCAGGGCAUCACUCUCACCCCUCAGCAGGCACAGGCACAGGGAAUCACACUCACACCUCAGCAGGCCCAGGCAAUGGGCAUCACACUCACCCCUCAGCAGGCCCUGGCACAGGGCAUCACUCUCACCCCUCAGCAGGCCCGGGAACUGGGCAUCACACUUACCCCUCAGCAGGCCCCGGCCCAGGGCAUAACUCUCACUCCUCAGCAGGCCCAGGCCCUGGGCAUCACACUCACCUCUGAGCAGGCCCAGGAAUUGGGCUUCAUACUCACCCCUCAGCAGGCUGAGGCCCAGGGCAUGACUCUCACCCCUCAGCAGGCCCAGGCACUGAGCAUUACACUUACCCCUCAGCAGGCCCAGGCACAGGGAAUCACUCUCACCCAUAAGCAGGCCCAGGCACUGGGCAUCACACUCACCCCUCAGCAGGCCCAGGGACUGGGGAUCAAUCUCACCCCCCAGAAGACCUGGGCACAGGGACUCACUCUCACCCCUCAAGAGGCUCAGGCACUGGGUAUCACUCUCACUCCUCAUCAGGCCCUGGCACAGGGCAUAAGUCUUACCCCUCAGGAGGCCCAGGCACUGGGCAUCACUGUCACCCCUCAGCAGGCCCAUGCACAGGGCAUUACUCUCACUCCUCAGCAGGCCCAGGCACUAGGUAUCACACUCACCCCUCAGGAAGCCCAGGCCCAGGGAAUCACUCUCACCCAUCAGCAGGCCCAGGCACUGGGCAUCACACUCACCCCUGAGCAGGCCCAGGCACUGGGCAUCAUAGUCACCCCUCAGCAGGCCCAGGCACAGGGAAUCACUGUCACCCCUCAGCAGGCCCAGGCACAGGGAAUCACACUCACCCCUCAGCAGGCCCAGGCACAGGGCAUCACUGUCACCCCUCAGCAGGCCCAGGCACAGGGAAUCACUGUCACCCCUCAGCAGGCCCAGGCACUGGGCAUCACUAUCACCCCUGAACAGGCCCAGGGACAGGGCAUCACUGUCACCCCUCAUCAGGCCCAGGCACAGGGAAUCACUGUCCCCCCUCAGCAGGCCCAGGCACUGGGCAUCACUCUCACCCCUGAACAGGCCCAGGGACAGGGCAUCACUGUCACCCCUCAGCAGGCACAGGCACUGGGAAUCACUGUCACCCCUCAACAGGCCCAGGCACAGGGCAUCACUAUCACCCCUGAACAGGCCCAGGGACAGGGCAUCACUGUCACCCCUCAUCAAGCCCAGGCACAGGGAAUCACUGUCCCCCCUCAGCAGGCCCAGGCACUGGGCAUCACUAUCACCCCUGAACAGGCCCAGGGACAGGGCAUCACUGUCACCCCUCAGCAGGCACAGGAAGAAGGGACAUUGAUUACUCCUAUUCAGGGCCAGACUCUAAAGGCACCUGCCACUUCUGAACAGAGCCAGGCAAUGCAGAUCCCUGUGACUACUCAACAGGCCCAAAUACUUGGUGUCCCUAUCAUUCAAGGCCAGGAUGAGGCCUUGGGAGUCACUAUCACACCACAGCAGACAGAGGCACAGACACAGGCACUGAUGUUCACUCUUACUCCAGAGAAAGCGCAGAUUUCAGGUAUCACACAUACCAAUGAACAAGCCCCGGCCGUGGGUAUCACCCUCACCCCUGAGCAGGAACAAGUAUUGGGGGUCCCGCUUACCCCUGACCAGGCUCAGGCAUUAGAGACCCGUCUCACUGCAGAACAGGCCUGGAAAUUGGGGGUCUCUAUCACUCCAGAAAUGGUUCAGGAAGUAUCACACACUCUUUCUCUUAAGCAGAGCAAAGCAUUGGGGGUCACUCCCACCUAUGAACAGUCAUUUGGCACUCCUUUAACUCUGAGUCAGGCCCAGGCAUUGGGAAUCCCAAAUGCCUUGGUAUCAGCUAUCACUCUUAGGCCUGAAGAGUCUUUGGGGGCCCCUCUCACCUCAGAUAGAGCCCAUGUCUUAGGAUCUCCCCUUACCCAUGAGCAAGUUCAACCUUCUCCCAAACCAUUUCGAGAAUCAAAGACUCCUUUCCUUUCUGGGCAAUCCACUACAUCGAGAACUAGACGGUCCCUGGUAUCACCUGCUCUUAUUGACGAGAAGUCCCCUGUAUUUGAGGUCUCUUCUACUCCUGUGCCGAUAUCAGGGUUUCCUUUUAACCAAGCCCCGCUUGACUCUGGGAAACCCCUAGGAAAGGGGGGCUUCCUUGGGAAGCUCCUGGCACCAAUUCCUUCCUCUAAACAGACACUGGUUUCUAAGGGUCAGAUCACCCCUGUGCAGUUCCUAGCACCAGAGGUCCCUCCCAUCCCUGGGAAGCUUCCAGUAUCUGGGACCCCUCCCACUCCAGGGCAGCCUCUUACAUCCGGGAUUCCAUCCACCUCUUCACAGAUUCCCAGUCUCUGGGAUCCUCUCUUUCCUGGGAAGCCUUUGAUUCCUGGGGCCUCUUCUGUCCCUGGGGAGCUCGUGGAAUCUGGACUCUCAACCUUCUCUGAGCAGCCCCAGGCAUUUCAGCUCCCUACCACCUGUGAGCAAUCUCCCCAUCUACAAGCCCCUUCUACCCUUGGGCAGCUUCUGGCACCACAGACCCUUCCUGGGCAAGCUUUCCCACUAUGGAUCUCUCCCACCCCUGGACAUCCCUCAACACUACGGGCCCCCUCAACCCCUGGAAAGCCCCCAAAAGAUUUGUCUCUGCAAUCUAAAUCAGAAUUGGUCCAUCCCAGUGCUCCACAUUUCAAGGUACCACAAACCCCUUUCACCACUAAGAAGUUCCAAAUAUCAGAGGUCUCUGACACUUCUGAAGAAAUCCAGGAACUCCAAGAUUCUUUUACUAUGGAACAACUUAGGACAUUUCAGUCCUAUCUCACCAAUUAUAGGACACCAGUAUCACAAACUCCUUACAUUGAUGAGGGGGCCCUUCCCGCUCUCAUGAAGCCUAUAACAUCACUACCUUCUCUUACCACUCAACCACCCAAAAGAUCACAAAUUUCACCAUCCGAAUGGGACUGGAAAUCCCGAUUCCCCCCUAUAAAUAAGCCCUGCGUCCUGACUUCAGGUACCAAGAAACUCAAGAUGACGAUACCACCUUCCUCUUUCCAAGAGCUCAAAGAGCAGAGGUAUUUUGUUGAUGUGAAGGCUCAAAGGAAGAACCUGAUACUCUUAAAUCAAACCACAGAAACUUCUGGACUCCCUUCAGAGCAACAAACAACAGCUAGAAAUCUCAUAAUUGAGACACUUCAUACAGACACAGUUCGGCUGGGAUACCUAUUCCGCAAGUACAUUGCCUAUAGGCUGAUCCAGCGUGCAAGAAACAACAUAAUCAAAAGAUUACAAGCCAUCCAAAACAGUGGCAAAGGUUAUGAGACCCAGAACCUUUACAUAAUGCUGAACAGAAUUGAUGGCUACCAGGAAAAGAUGAUGGGGGUCUGGACCAAGAAGCAGAAGUCUCUAGAGCAGAACCGGAAUCAGUGCCUGAGGAAAAUGAUGUUCUUAUUUAGCCAGCUCCAAGAUAUAUAUCAAUUGAAGCUUAGUCAACCUGUACCUUUGUUCAUCGACAAAAAGCAGAAACCUACGCCUAUCAAAUUUAUUCAACAGCCAUUCCUAGAGCUACCAAGGAAAGAGGACAGAAAAUCUGAUAUAUUCAAGAAAUUUAGGCAACAAGAAGACCCGAUGGAAGCUAUCUGGAAUGCUGAUCAGUCCACUUCAAGCUACCCAAUAACUGAGAAGACAUCAAUACCUUCACUGUGGGCCCAGCUGGGUGGGUACCCACCUAUUCCCAUGCUGCUCCAGUUAGAUGUUCAGUCUACCUUCAGAAAAUCUCUUGCAUCCAUUCAAUCACAGUUUAACAAGAAUCCCAAGCGACUGUAAAAUUAAACAAGCAUGUUGAAAGUAAAGUUCAAUGUUUUGGU